CUCAUGGUGGUAGGGAUGAGGUCUCCUUGCCACGCUCAAAAUGGCGCUCUGAAGAGGGGAAGGGGGGGGGGGAAGGCUCCACAAAGUACCUUCUCCUUCCUUCCCUCCUCCCGCCGAGUGCUCUUAAGCGGAUGUUGUGUCGUGUCCUUCCGGUUUCUCGACGGUGGACUUGGACACUCUUUCCACGAGGAUUUCCGUGACCGGAGCUGCUUUUGCUUGUGGAUCAUGCUUCUUCUGCCUCUUGUGCUCUACUUGCUUUCUGGCCUGGCCUCUUCAGUGGAGGUGAAGCGACCCCGAGGUGUCUCCCUAACCAACCAUUAUUUCUAUGAUGAAUCAAAGCCAUUCACUUGUCUGGAUGGCUCUGCGACAAUAGCCUUUGAUAGAGUUAAUGAUGAUUACUGUGACUGCAAAGACGGCUCAGAUGAACCAGGGACUGCUGCAUGCCCAAAUGGCCGCUUCCACUGUUCCAAUGCUGGCUAUCGUCCACAAUAUAUUCCCUCCUCCCGCGUCAAUGAUGGCAUUUGUGACUGCUGUGAUACCACAGAUGAAUACAAUAGCGGCAUUGUGUGUGAAAACACCUGCAAAGAAAUGGGCCGAAAGGAACGGGAGGCACUAAAGCAGCAGGCCGAAAUGGCUAGAGAGGGUUUUGAACUGAAGAAGACACUGAUAGAAGAAGCUAGUAAAAGAAAGGAAGAAAAACAGAGAAAACUACAGGAGCUACAGGAAGGAAAAAAGUCUGUGGAAGAGCAAGUGGAGACUCUGAGAUCCUUGAAGGAAGCUGCUGAGAAGCCUGAAAAGGAAGCCAAGGAUAUCCACCAAAAUGCCUGGGAGGAACAGAAAUCAGCUGAAAGAGCGAAAAGGGACCAAGCUAAAGCUGGAGAAGCCUUUCAGGAGUUGGAUGACAAUGCAGAUGGAGUGGUGUCUGUUGCUGAACUUCAGGCACACACUGAACUGGACGUGGAUGGUGAUGGGGUUCUAUCAGAAACCGAAGCCCAGACCUUGUUGGGCAACUCCUUGCAGGUAGAUGCAGCCAGUUUCCAGGACACAGUGUGGGUGGCAAUUAAAGAGAAGUACAAAGCAGAGAGUUUGGCUGAUGCACAACUACCACCGGCCCCAGUGGAGGAGGACCCAGAUACUCAGCCUGAUACCCCUGUGGACCAGCUACCUCCUGAUGAGGACUACGAUGAAGAAGAGGAGGAGGAGGAAGAACCAGAUGAAGAUGGCAAUGAUGAAGAAGUGAAGGUCCCCUCACCCAAGCCGUCAUCUGAUGACAAGGCAGUGGAGGAUGAAUUGGAGAAGAUGCCCCCUUAUGAUGAAGCUACACAAGCUCUAAUUGAUGCUGCCCAGAAGGCUCGGGAGCAAUUUGAAGAGGUAGAGAAGUCCCUGAAAGAAAUGGAGGAGUCCAUCAGGAGUCUGGAGAAAGAGAUUUCCUUUGAUUUUGGACCACAUGGAGAAUUUUCUUAUCUCUACGGCCAGUGCUAUGAACUCACCACUAAUGAAUAUAUUUAUCGUCUCUGUCCUUUUAACAGAGUGUCUCAGAAACCCAAGCAUGGUGGCUCGGAGACCAGCCUGGGCACGUGGGGCUCCUGGGCCGGCCCAGAUGAUCACAAAUUCAGUGUCAUGAAAUACGAGCACGGGACAGGCUGCUGGCAAGGCCCCAACCGAUCCACUACGGUGAAACUCUCAUGUGGCAAGGAAACGGUGGUCACAGUCACGACCGAGCCCAGCCGCUGUGAAUACAUGAUGGAAUUUGUCACCCCAGCAGCCUGCCAUGAGCCCAAAGAAUUGAAUCAUGAUGAGCUCUGAGGGCAGAUGUGCACAAAAUCCACUGCCAGUGAGGCCUGGUUCUAAAUCCCCUUGAUUCCAAGGAAUAUUGGAGGAUCUGUCCUGACCCAGAAUUCACACCUUUUUGUCCAAGGGAAUCUCUUGGAAUCCCAGCAUCCUUUCUCUGUUUGUGCUGCUCUGCCCCAAUGGACUUUGGGGUUUUUAAACACUUGGGGUUUUUUCCUGCCAAGUAGUGGGACCUGAGCCUCUCUCCCUCCUCCUCCUCCUCCUCUUCCUCCCUCCUCUCCCUUUUUCUGGGCACAGCUUUCCCUGAUCAUGUACAGCACACAGAACUGCACAGCUGCUCAGGUCAUUAUCUUGCCAAGGGAAGGCUGCCUCCAUCCUCUCCUGUCACUUCUUUGUGGAGGAGCUGUUCCUUGACAGCCAUGGGGGAGAGGCCUCUGCUUUGUCCUCAGGCCUUGUCUGAGCACUUUCCCCGUCUGCCUUGUGCUCUGAGCCAGAUUUCCAUGCGGCCUGAGGCUUAGUGCAGCUGAAAGAAGACCAUUGGCAUUUUAAAAAACCCCGAUGCCCAGCUUGCUGCCUGCACUGCCAGCGACAACCUGUUUUUUUUUUUUCAUCUGCUCUUUGGUGUUCUCAAACUCUUCCAAAGACAUUCCCUUCCAAUAAAGAAACAUGUCUCCGA